GCUACUCUUCCUGGGGUCCAAACACAUAAAGGCAAUUGCAUUACACAUAAAACAAAAUAUUUUAAAAAUUAUUUAAAAAAAGAUAAGAGUCUGAAAGCAUGAUACAAAUACUAUUGCAUAUAUAUUAUACAGUACAUUUCCGUGUGAGGUUGUAUGCACAUGGUAUCUCUGCCAAUGACUGGAAAUUAUAGAAACAGCCGGCCAGAUUGUUUCCUGACUGAGUAAAUACCAAUAAGUGAAAAUGUAAUAGACUGAGAGAGCCCAGUGUAAAUGUCACAUUACAGAUGUACUCUACAGACUAUGUGGACCUGAUGGACAGGACAGGGGAGCUGGUGAAUUUGAGUGUAAAGGAGAAGAGCAUGGAGCAGGCCAGCAGUCUGAUGAAGGAGAGGCACAGCUACGUUCUCAUACGCAUCUGCAGAGGUGAUGGGACUGAAGGGCAGAAGUAUGUGCCACUCCUAAAUGACCUUGACAAGAGCCAUCCCGAGUUAGCAGAGGUCCUAAAGAAGCUGUCCAACCCAUGUAAGGAGCAGGAAAAAAAGGGUGGUCCCUCAAGGAAAGGUUCUGUCAAUCAGAUCCGGCGCAAGCCCACUGCUGGAAACAAGAAGAGCCAUCCUGGAAGACUUAAAGAUAUGAAGAAAGGAGAGGAGGAAGGCUGAAAAAGAUGGUGAUGGACAUGCAUGUAUAGAAAGCUGUGGACCACAUACAUGUAAUUGUGUUGGUGCUGUGGUUCUCUUCCCUCCAAUAACUUUUUACUUUGGUAAAUUUAGGUUGAUAAAUUAACAUUCCCAUAUAUCCCUUGUCAUGACGUUGGCCUGUGGGUAAGGUUUAUGACCCCCCCCCCCAUAAAUACCUUCCUCCCUUCCCUCU